AUGAAACCAUUAGUAUGUAACUUGCUAGAGCGCAGUGGUCAGCUUGUUAAUGGUAUCACAGGUGACGUAAAUGGAAAGUCUUGCGUUGUGGAACAUCGUCAGGUCAGAUUGCGGUUAGGCUUAGCCACGUUCCCCGCCAAGGUAACCGAGUGCCAAAUCGACCUGUCACAUUUCGUUACGCAACGAGCACCAUUAAAUAAGCUCACUUCAUUUACAUCUUCAACCGUUAUGUUGUUGCUACGCGCGACUUGCAUGUUGUUAGUUGUGGCGGCAUCUAUGGGUCGACCGUACGAUCCAGAAGAUGGAGAAAUCAAGAGCGUCCUGCCAUCUAGCGGCGAGUUUGAAGCGUUCUAUCCGCGGCAAGCACAUGGAAUACCGAACGGUAGUUCAAGACCUGCGCAUGGCCAUGGAAGUUUCUAUAAGCACCGCAAUCCGGCGCUAGUAGACGUGAAAAACGCGGCCGCGUACGGCUUCCGAUUUGACGGCAUGAGAAGAUUCAACUUUGAUGAUGACGAAGAAUAAUUCGU